GUGGUGUCAGAAGCGGUGUGAAUUUGUGGGACCAUUGCAUCUGCCAAACCUACACGGAAAAGUGCUGAAUGGUUGGAAGAAUAUGGCUGCAUUAUGGCACAAUUGCGGCUCUGCUCCCCAGGGUGAUCGGAAAGUACUUCAAGUCUUCAAUUUAAUCAUUUUGGUGCAGGUGGAGAGAAGGUAGCACGACCUCUUCACCGCUGGAAUAGGACGAGGCUUGGGGGACGCACAACCCACACCUAGAACGUGCAUUCGUCGACAUGCUGCCAUGUUCCUGGGAGUGACGCCAAGACUGUUUUGAAACGUUUUACCAAACAUGGAAACUGUGUGCUCAACCGGUGUAAUAUUUCACCAAACAAAACGCCAAUCGCUGACCUGAAAUUUGACGAUUCAAUAGCUGCAGGGUUCGGUAGAACUUUUCUGCAUCCCUAGAAGGUGUGGGCAUGCUGGAUUCCCUGCUCUUCUCCCGUUCUUUACUCUUUCUCGCAACCUGCUUUCCCCUUCGACUGGCUGGCUGGCUGGCUGGCUGGGUCAUUGAGACUGCUGCUGUUGCAAUUGUUUUUUUUUUUGUUUCUGGGGAAGGUGGGGGGCAGGGGUGGAGUGGGGGGAGUAUAUGUGAAAAGGACGAACUUGGGCAGUUGCGUAGUUGUUAUGUGGGAGGGUCAUCACCACCCGGCAUCAAUUUGACUGUGGCUCAUUUUUGGCUUCUCAACCCCCAAUUAAGCAAAACCGGGUUGUGAUGGAUAUUCCAUCCUUGCCAAAUGAAAAUAAGCCACCAAAGCAGCAGCGCGAAGAACAGCGUGAGAAAAGGAGGAGUUUGCUUGAGAGUGCCUACAAGCCUCUGGUGUCAGAGCAUAUCAUCAACAGGGAGAACCAGACCAUAGAACAGAUGACAAAAGUUGCAGUGGAAAGGAGGAGAUCAAGGGAGCUUGGGAAGGAAAACCGGGGAAAAAAACAUGCGGCCAAGGAAGAGAUAAAGCUGGGCGGUGAGAAAAAGCAGGGUGCUGUGAACUCUGCGGCAACAGGACGAAUAGGACGACCAAGAACAGCAAAAGCGUCCGAAAAGAACAGGAAAAAAACUGCGGCUCGCCGAGCACCAACGAAACCAAAGACGGCGUCGUACAGUAGGAAAUGGUUAAGCACUGGAAUGAAUAGUAGAGUGCUCACAGUGGAGUCAUCACUGGCACACAUAAACAGAGAGAUGAAGACAAUGGACAAUUUCAUGCACCGAUCCCAACAGCGAAUGUACACUGCAGAGGAAAAGCUUCGGAAGUUGGAAAUGAAAGUUCUAUUUGAUCGGUAUGGGCAGUCCACAUCCUUCUCUGAGCAUUCAGGCACAGAGAAGCCUGCACUCCCUGAUCGUGUGAUCCGUAUUGAGCACCACAAUCCAAACACAAGACGUUCCGCUGAGCACCACAAUCCAAACACAAGACGUUCCACUGGAAAACGCUUUUCCGCCGAUCAACUUGUGUCCCCUCAUCGCGGACGUUUGACUGGAAAACGCCUUUCCGCCGAUCAACCUGUGUCCCCUCAUCGCGGACGUUCCACUGGAAAACGCUUUUCCGCCGAUCAAACUGUGUCCCCUCAUCGCGCAAGUCCUCCUGAACACCACAGCUCUUCUGACUCUGGGGAUUCCACCGCUCCUCGUGGGAGAUCGUUGACACACUCCUUGUCCACAGGAAAAAUCCGGAAUCGUACUUUUUCCGUCGAUAUGCAUCCUAAGUUGUCCAGAAAAAAGAGAAAACCGGCGACCACAGAGAAAAUGGUGCAAACAAGCCGCUCAUCAUUUGACGAAUCAUCCCAGCCUCAUGAGAAUGAGCUUGUGCGGCACACCACGAGAUCGUCGCUGAGGAGUCAGAAGUCAGAGCCGGUCAUCCAUACGGUUCGCAGUGGGUUUCUGGUUGUGGUCGAUGAUAACCAAAUUCCUCAGUAUGGUGAUCAUGAAGAAAGGGACCAUCUUUUCAUAAACAAAUCACUCUUCUACCUCUUGAAAAAUGGCAGCCGAAUGCAUGGAGGAGUGCCACUAACCAGAACACAAUGAUGAUCGAUGUACACACUUGCUGUGAUCCCAUCUGUCCCUGGGCCCUACACACUUGCUGUGAGCUGUGUUCCCAUCUCACCUUGGUCCCUGCAUACUUCUGUGAGCUGUGGUCCCAUCUGUCCCUGGGCCCUACACACUUGCUGUGAGCUGUGUUCCCAGCUGACCUUGGAAGUCUUGCCAAACUGAUGGAGAGCCAUGUGCUUGGAAAUCUUGCACGCACGGUUCGGACGGACGCUUAGUCAGAUUACACACACUGCUUACCCUAGUAUCUAUUGGGUUGUUGGUUGGAACAUGGAAUCCAACCUAGGGAGCUGUUCUCCUGGACACUUGCUGUGAGCUGUGGUCCCAUCUGUCCUUGGGCCCUACACACUUGCUGUGAGCUGCGGUCCCAUCUGUCCUUGGGCCAUGCGGACUUGCUGUGAGCUGUGGUCCCAUCUGACGUUGAGCGCUACACUCUUUCUGCGAGCUGUGGUCUCAUCUGACGUUGAGCGCCGCACUCUUGCUGCGAGCUGUGGUCUCAUCUGACCCUACUGCUCUUCUGCCUCACAAUGAUCAAUUAGUGACCUCCUGACUAUUGAUUCAUUGUGUCACAUUCUAUGUCUACUAUUGAUUCAUUGUGUCACAUUCUAUGUCGUGAAAAGGCCUGGCAUUCAGCAAACACCAGUCUAUGACAUUGUCUGUGAAACUGUCUCGCAUUCAGGACACAACACGUUGUUUAGAAGUUGUGACUGAUAUGCAGUCAGGGGUGGUUUCUUUCCACAGUGGUAGUAGAAAGCAAAACACUGGUUGAUCGAUCGGGUGGUCUGUACGAUGUGCUUUUGUGCAUUUCGGUUGAGGUUUGUCGAUUUUUGAUAGCCUGUGUAACGUGGCCACGCCACUGUUUGAGUUGCCUGAAAGUGAGCAAAUGUUUCUUUCUCACGUUGGGAAGUUGGGGACAACCAACAGCCGCAAUUCUGACCUGUGAUACUUCCAGAGUUCACAGAUUCUACAGAGUCUUUCUGGAGCCUUGCGUCUUUUUCAUUCUCUGCACCAAACAGUUCUCUCUCGUGCAGUUUGAACUUCAUUCGGUUUGUGCGCCCCUCCUUAUAUCCCUGUCCAAUCCUGGCAUUUUGUUCAGAAUACAGACAGCAUUGGUCACUGUUCCGCUUCUCCGUGCCAUGAGCUUGCUAGGUUCAUCGGUUUGUCGUUAUCAUCCUGGCUGAAGUCGCAGUUUUCAAAGGUGGUGCAGUAACCCACAGGUCUCAGAUCGACAAGCGUGAGGCUUUCUGCUCUGAAAGACUGACUGAGAAAUGAUGAGAUCUGUUCCCUGGGAGCGAGAAAAUUGUGUUUCCUCAGUACUGUAGGGUUUGCAAUUUCUUGAAAACCACUCAGUAGCUACCACAUUUUUGGGCUGUUAACGCGGUGGAUGGAUUGGCCUGCUGCACGGGUCUGUAUUCUUUUGAAACAGAGGGGCGCUAAAAACGCGGUAGGCGCCGGUGGUUUGAAGUUCUGAGGGUGGGUGAUGUGUGUGCAUAUACUCCGUGUAGGCCUGAGCCUCAAAAGGGCAAUAGAAAGGUCAGUAGACUGCAAACAGCUGAAACGUUUGGGUGGGGUCGAUUUGGACAUCCAUGGAUGUCCAAAUCGAUAAACCGGUUUGGUAUGGGAUAGGGGCGUACCGGUAAAUUUGUAGAGACCUGUAGGUAUUUUCCAGCAAAUCGGAGUUAGGACAGGGGCCGGGCAGCCCUGUCCUGGAACAGAUAUGUUCGGUAGCGAAUGAAUCCACACAAGUAUGGAGGUAGAUUCAUCCCGUACUGAGGGUAUUUGGCAGUCUGAGCUGAAAGGUCGUCAUUUUCCCACGGAGGCUGCACAGCUGUUGACCCUUGGGGCUGACCAACUGUCCUGGGAGGCCAGGUACCAACCGGGAUUCUAUAGCGAUAAGAGUAGCUCGGCCGCUAAGGGGGAUAUCCAAUAUCGUCAUUUCUCUUCAUUGCGGCUGGCUGCUGCGAGUGACGGUGGCCUAGUGUGGAGGAGGGAUGAGGUAGAGGAGGAACUUGGAGGUGGACAACUAUGGUGGAUGACCUCCUGGCUAUGCAAGGAGGCCAGGUGCGGAAUGGCGCUGCAUGCGUCCAUGCUCCAAGAGAGAGAGAGAGAGAGAGGCCUGGUGGAGGGAACGUGCGAGCAAGGAAAGCACAUCAUCAGCACCUGGGCAUACAGCGGACAUCGUGGAAAGCGAAUUGGAAGGAGAAAGGAUAUGGAGGGAGGCUUCUCCCUCAAUGCAGAUACCAGGCACUUGAGGAUUGGAUUUUUCUACACAGCAGAUGCUUGAGGGUGUUAGCAAUUUACCUCUACGAGUUGUGGAGAGGUGUAGGAGAGAUCCUUGCGUGAAAAGUGAGUUCUUGUAAGAUUCACAUGAAUGGUUUCAAGGAGAGAGACUCACCAGUUUCCAUGGGUUCUUUGUAAAGAUAAUGCAUUGAUUCUUUCCAUUUUCAUUGCAAUUAAGGC